GUUCUUAAAAAUUUUAUAAAACAGCUGUAUAUUUUAUUUUGACUUAGUUUUAAACUUUUAUUCACGACAUUCGUAUUUAUUAGUACGUAAAAUGAUAUUAAGGCAUAGUUAUUUAUAAACGUGCAUGUUAUUUUAACUUUACACUUAUGUAAUAUAAAAAUUUUCCUCAUCGAAGUGAAUCAUUUAGAUCAGUAAAAAUGUUUUCACGGAAUUCCUGUGUUCAAGUGUUAUUUUUGGCAAAACGUUCUUGGCAGUGCUGUUAUCGUUGUGCUAAACUCUUAUCGUCCCAGGCCAAGGAGAAACCUCUUGCAAACGAAGGCCCUUGGAGUUUGUAUUCCCAGAAAGUCGCUGACGGUGUACUGAGUAAGGACCCUCACCAAGAAAUGGUAGUGAAACAUUUGCAGGACAUAUAUCAUGAGGUUUCUUCGUACCAACGUCCAGUUAUCCAACCAAGGAUUGGUGAAUCAUUAUUCAGCAUAUUUCAAAGGAAAGAACCAGAGAAAAUUAUAGCGCCAAAAGGCCUUUAUAUUUACGGUAGUGUUGGCGGUGGAAAAACCAUGUUAAUGGAUUUGUUUUAUGAGACAGUACCAAUUAAAGAAAAGCUGAGAGUUCAUUUCAACUCUUUCAUGUUAAAUAUUCAUGCAAGAAUACAUGAACUCAAAAUCAAGUCGGGAAAAGGAGCCAGUUCCUUCAGAGAUGAGGGCUCAAAACCUUUUGAUCCCAUCCCUCCAGUGGCAGCUGAUAUUACUCAGGAGUCAUGGCUUAUUUGCUUUGAUGAAUUUCAAGUUACAGAUAUUGGGGAUGCGAUGGUCCUAAAGAGAUUGUUCACACAACUGUUUGACAAUGGAUGUGUGGUGGUAGCAACAAGCAACCGGAAGCCGGACGAUUUGUAUAAGAAUGGCUUGCAACGAUCCAAUUUCUUGCCUUUUAUACCAGUACUUAAAGCUCACAGUGAUGUUAUUCAACUUGAUUCCGGCAUUGAUUAUAGAAUACGUGGCUCAAGUAACAAGUAUGGAAAAUAUUUUAUAAAUAGUGAAUUGACGCCAGGCAAUAACGACGUAGAUAAUUUAUUCAAGUUUCUCAUAUCGAAGGAGACUGAUACUGUAAGAGUUAGAGUAAUAAACAUACUUGGGAGAAAUGUCAAGUUUGCCAAAUCAUGCGGCCGCGUUCUGGAUUCUACAUUUGAAGAAUUAUGUGAUAGACCGUUAGGUGCCAGCGACUACCUCGUAAUAUCUAAAACGUUCCACACUGUGUUCAUAAGAGAUUUACCACAAUUGUCAAUAGUCAAACAUAGAUCACAAAUAAGGAGAUUCAUCACUCUAAUUGACACUUUAUAUGACAACAGAGUUCGGGUUGUCAUUGCAGCAGACUGCGAGCCCAAGGACCUGUUUAAUUUGGACGAAGUGAAAGAUGGUUACGGCGAUGCUGACAGGGCUCUGAUGGACGACCUGAGUAUUACGAAAGACUCGGAGGAUGCAAAAGCAGCUAUAUUUACAGGCGAAGAGGAAAUGUUUGCCUGCGAUCGAUGUUAUUCCCGCAUUAUGGAAAUGCAGACGGAUGAAUAUUGGGAAAAAUGGGGAAAACAUCUUAACUGAUAAUAUGCGUAAGUGUGUUUAUAUUAUGGUGGGCAUAAUACAAGAGUUAUUUUUCGUGGUGUUAAGAUCAUAUCAUGUUAAACCUUCCCUUUAAAAUAGACAUAAUACCAAUUGGUACUGAGUAUAUGUAUAUAAAUAAAAAUCAUUCUAAAUAUAAUCAUUCGCAUCAGACAUUAUGAAGUUGUAGUGUGUUGAAGUGCCUCACUGUAUUGUUUAGAUUCUCAAUGUAGGUAGCGUUGCUAUCGGUAAAUGUUCAUUUUAAAUAAUGGCACAUCUGAAAACUUAUAUUAGUAUAUACCUAAAAACUCGCCUAACUUACAAUUUAUAAUCAAUAAAAGCACAAGUUUAUCAUUAAUAUUGUAACUAAGCCUACGUUUAGACUGGACGUUUGUCGAGUGUGCUAGUUUAGCAAGCUAUUCAAUUGGCAUAAUAUCUCAUAAUAAUAUUAGCAAACUUUGAAUUUAUUCUAGACAGCAUAUAUCGGUAGCUUUACAUUCUUAAUUAAUUAUUAUUGUUUACGUAUGGAAAUGGUGAUAAAUAAAGUGUUAAACUUAAGGAUGUAUUAGGAUUCCAAAAGCGCCUUAAAACUUUAUACGUAUUAAGUAUAUUAUAACAAAAAUAACAUAAAAGCAAAAACCAUCCGGUGGUAGCUAAAGAUUGAGUCUCAUGAUGAUGCAGCUAAAGAAAAUAGCUAAGCACAGAACAGACUCAGUUCCAGUGCCGGAUUUACCAGCAGGCUAAGCUAGGCAGAUUUGGUGGGGCGGGAAAUUUAGCCCAGAUGUUUUCUUACUAAAUAAAUAAAACGAAACUUGUUGUAUUGUUAAAAAUAAAUGUAACGAAAAAAUUGCAAUUUUAUUGAUUGAGGCUAACUAAAGUGUUUUUAGAUUGCUACGGUGACAGUCGCCUGUAUGACGUUCGUAAUACGUACUAUUAUCGUGAAUCGCGGCAAACUUUCAAGAGUAAAAUGAACUGUCACGAUACCCAUGCUAUCUGAAAACACUUUAGGGUAUCUAAUUUCAGAGUUCAGUAUAGGGGUGACAAAAAUUUAACACCCUGUUGGCAGCAACUUUGUAAAUUCGCCUCUGUUUAGUUAUAGACAUCUGUUUAGAGAGGCUACACAAUCAUGAUUAUGAUUAUUACGAGUAUAUUUUUAUCGAACUUUAAACUAAAAAGAGUUUCUCAAUUUGACGAAAGAUUUUAUUCACGUACGUGUCCAGAAUAAGUACUCUUAAAUUUUAAUUUUUGAAAUUUGGACAAUUUAAAUUUUUGUUUGAGAUGUUACUUCAUCUCUGGUGGUCCCAGGUCAAAUACACUAAACAUUUUAAAACUAUCAUAUGACGUUCGUCAUACGACGAAGUCGGUGCUUUUUGAAAAUAAAUUAUAAUUAAAUAUGUCAAUUAUAUUUUACAAUAAUAGUUGCUUAGUCGUACGUUUGUGAUAUUUAUAAUAAUCUUAAUAUAUACGAUACGACACGACACGAAUAAACGAUAUUGAAUGGACACGAAAAUUGUAAGGUUAAGUUUCGAAUGCAGUGAUAGUUUCUGACGUGGUCAUCCACAUUAUGAAUGUUUAUUUAAAUAUUUAUUUUUAUAUUAAGUUAGGUUAAGUAAUUGUUGGCAGUUUUUCAAGAUACUGAAAAAAUAGCGAGCAUUGAGGGCAAAGGUACCGACAACCUACUUGUUACAAGCAACAGCAAAUUGCAGGAAAUUAGCACAACGAAAACUCACAACAAUAGUGCUAGGCCUCAGACCAAUUAUAGAAGGACCAGUAUUGCACCCAAAUUCACGAACAAAAUUGUCUGUAAUUUUUUGAGGAGGACGAGGUAAACUCACACAUCGAAAAUAUUCAACACCAAUAAAUAUAUCUGUGUCCUUACACUACACUUAAGCGUACUUACAUUUAGCUCCCAAUACAAACACAUGUAUUUUUUACACAGACUAAAAACCACAUUCCUCCGACUCGUACACAGAGUAUUCGAUUACUUGAUCGAUGUUUGGCUGUUCUGGCUGAAGAAUCGAUUCUUUUUAGAUAUGUUUUUAUUUCAAAUUUGUACGUUUUGAAACGUAAUUUCAUCUUUUAGUAAAGUAGAAGUUGUGGACCGUUUUUUAUGCCAUUUACACAAACUGGCAUUUUUAAGGAGCUCUUUACACGUUGAAAACGAUAACAACAAUGCAACAUCGAUUCUAUAGAAUCGGUUUUUAUAAACGUUACAUCGUUGAUUCUUGACCUUUGAGAGAGGGGUAACGUCUAAUGAGGCAGGUCCUUCUAUAAUUAGUCUAAGUGCUAGGCGUAACUCCCGAAUAGUGUUACCAUAGUACGUAACACUGUUCGGUUUCGAGAAACUGCUUUUAUCUCUUUUUGUUACUUAUUUCGCACAAAAGUAAUCUAGAAAUAGAUUAUACAUUAUGUUUAAGAACUCUCGGAGAUAGAUAUAAUUACGGCUGUUAAUGAUAAUUAAGAUGAUGAUUGUACCUACUACCUAUUAAUAUUUAUUUGGCUUUAUGUUAGUUUUAGUGCCAUUUUAUUUUUUUAGUAGGUAGGUACUUCUACACAAAUGGAGAGCACAUAAGUAAGAUUUAAGGUAAUAUUUAUUGUUAAAUGUUAUACAUUCUUACUUCUUCAUUACCUACUUGGAAAUGAUUACAUUUCUUGGAAUUGUGAAGCAUAAUUAUGUAGGUAGGUAGGUAAUAUGCAAGAAGACUGUAGAUUGUAAUAUAAAUAAUGACUUGAAUCAAAUAAAAGCAUUUCUAUAGGAAAUUUUCUCAUGUAUUUUGUCCAUUUCUGUUUAGUAAAUUUUUUUUUCUUCCAUUUCGUAAUGUACUCAAUGUAAAACCUCAAAUCAUAAUGUCACAAAGCUAUUCCUACAGGUCGUUUGGGAAUGUUUAUUGCCACACGAGUAAACCUUGAUACAAUGAUUUUUUUUAAAUUUUUAAAUAGUUGCAUGUCAUGCAAAAAUUUAGACUUCCCUGAAAGAGCCAAAUCUAGGAGGCCACGCUGAUACGAAAAUCGAUGAGGCCCAACGCCAAUUAUAUAUUAUUUACCAAGUUUUGUUAAUACUUUUAGCAUGGUCGUAGAAAAAGUAUUGUUUGCCAUUGCACGUAAUUAGCGAUUGUAGUACUCGUGCUACAAUGCCAUCCAUUACAUGACAGUGGCAUAAAUAACUAUUAUGUAUGUAUGUAUGUCUCUUUUUAGAAGAUUAGUAACUUCCUUCAAGGUCACAUUUAUUGGCAUUGUAUUAUAGUAUUGCAUAAACCUAAUUACUAAUUCUUGGUAAUAUGUAUUAUUAGUACUAGGUACUUAGUUAAUAAUUAAUAAUAAAAUUAAAUGUACCUAUAUAGGUAACAUAUACCUAUUACAAAUAAAAUUAUAGAAAUAAUUUAUUAAACUUAGUUAUAGUUAAUUUGUAGAUAAAAUAAAUAAGUUUGUAUAAAAUAGUACAAAAGAGUGCACUUAGUACAGUAUUAUACGACAUUCUCGAUACCUUAUGAGGCAUUGUUCAUUAUAUUAGUUUGAAUUAUUUCGCCACGUUCGUAGCGGCGAGAUUAGUUGCUAUUUUUCGUAUUUAUAUUGCGAUUAGAGAAUUAUUUUGUUAAUUUAUUUUAAAAUAAAUAUUAUUUUUGCUUAAA